AUGUCAAAUAUACCAAUUCGCAAUAUAAGUAAGGUAUCAAGGUUGUUUCAACCAAUGACAUCCAGAAUUAGUACUAUUAAAAAAUCAGAAGUUUUUUCAAAAAGCUAUGAGCAUUUAAUUAAGUAUGGAUUUAUUAAACAAGUUAACAGUGGCAUGUAUGCAUAUUUACCUCUAGCAUUACGUGUUUUAAAUAAAUUGACAACUCUUGUUGACAAUGAAAUGGAGAGAAUUGAAGCCCAAAAGAUAUUGCUUCCAGCUUUAACAUCAACACGUUUAUGGAAGCAAACAGAUAGAUAUAAUAACAAUAAGUCUGAGUUGUUUAUAUUAAAGGAUCGAUCAGAAAAAGAAUAUAUAUUAAGUCCGACAUGUGAAGAAACAGUUUGUAACUUAUUGUCAUCUUCAGGAAUAAUAUCAUCACAAACAUUGCCUUUGAAGCUCUAUCAGAUUUCUAGUAAAUGGAGAGAUGAGAUGAAACCACGUCAUGGAUUUCUGAGAAGUAGAGAAUUUCUUAUGAAAGAUUUAUAUACAUUUGAUUUGAAUUUGAAUAAUGCACUAAAGACUUAUGAAGAAGUAUGUGAAGCUUAUGAAAAUAUAUUUAAGAAUAUAGGUUUAACAUUUGUAAAAGCUGUUGGUGAUCCUGGAUUUAUUGGAGGUUCAGUGUCUCAUGAAUAUCAUUAUAAAAGUAGUAUAGGAGAAGAUGUUGUCUGUAUAUGUUCAUCUUGUCAGUAUGUUGUUAAUAAAGUUAUGUGCAAUGACACACAUUGUCCUAAAUGUAAAAGUACAUUAGCUCAAGAGCAAGCUAUAGAGGUAGGGCAUACAUUUUUAUUAAAUACAAAAUAUACAGAACCUUUAAAUGUGAAAUCUAGAAUAGUUGAUACAGCAUCACCUUUAGUGAUGGGUUGCUAUGGACUUGGCCUGAGUCGUAUUUUUACCAUGAUAGCUGAAAUAUUAUCUACUGAAACCGAAUUACGGUGGCCAAAACAUUUAGCACCCUAUACAUUGUCUAUUAUACCACCAAAGAAAGGGAGCAAAGAAGAAUCUGCAAAUCAGUAUGUAGAUAAAGUGAUAGAGAUUUUAGAUGAAUUAAACAUCGACGCUAUACUUGACGAUAGGUCAAAUUUAACGAUUGGUAAUCGUUUAAUGCAUGCUCGCGUAACCGGAAUACCUUAUGUUAUAAUACUUGGAAAGGCUGCUGUAAAAUCGCCACCUUUAUUCGAGAUCCACGACAUAAAUAACUCAACGCAGUGUGAUCUAAGCUUAGAUAAUAUGUAUAGUUAUUUCAAUGAUGAAAAAACUUCAAAUAUCAUUGAAAGUACCAAAGUAUCAAAGGCUAAUUAAAUUAAGAUCGUCUAUUUCCACCGCACAUUACAGCACUUGUUAUUGUAUACUUGGGAUACUUUUUUAUAUCUUCAAUGUUAAGAGUCUUCUUUGU